UAAUGGCGGAUUAGGUGGCAACUAAUAAUGUGGAAAAUUGUCAAAUUUGAUGGCUCAUCACUAAAUGAAAGACCUAAUAGCACGGACGUCAGUUACAGAUGUAUCUAUAAUUUCUAAAAAUGCAGAAUGUUGUGCAAAAAUCCGUUUCAGAAAAAGAGGGCGACGGUCUGAAUGUGGAGGUUGGUCAUGCGACCUUAGGCAUUGCACCGUCGUCGCCAAAACUGGCUGAAAAAGCCCCGAUUUCACCCCCUAUUCCGCAACAGUUCAUCACGGAUUUGUCUGCUAGUGAGGAAGAAGAAGUGUCCGAGGUUGAAUCGUUUAUUCUUGACCAAGAAGAUCCCGAUGACAGUGACCCUGGUUUGGAUACCUCGCGUUUCUUGCUGCGGUCAGAAACGGAGGCGGGCAUGGAAGGGACCGAUCUGCGAUCAGUUGAUCCAGAGACCCAAGCCAGGCUGGAGGCGCUCCUAGAAGCUGCUGGCAUUGGCAAACUCUCAACUUCUGAUGGCAAGGCAUUUGCUGAUCCUGAUGUGCUACGGCGGCUGACAUCCUCCGUCAGCUGUGCCCUGGACGAAGCCGCCGCGGCCCUGACCAGGAUGAGGGCAGAACAGCAGGGACAAAACGGUCAAGAAGGGCGUUCGCUUGCGGAGGCUUGUAGCGAUGGUGACAUUGGGGCUGUGAGGAAGCUAUUGGAUGAAGGUCGUAGCGUUCAUGAGACUACUGAAGAGGGUGACAGUCUGCUCUCCCUGGCCUGCUCUGCUGGAUAUUAUGAGCUGGCACAGGUUCUGCUGGCGAUGAGGGCAAAUGUUGAAGACCGAGGCAUCAAAGGUGAUUGUACGCCAUUGAUGGAAGCAGCGAGCGGCGGAUUUGUUGAUAUUGUCACUCUUCUCAUUGCCCAUGGAGCAGACGUGAAUGCUCAGUCGUCUGCAGGCAACACCCCCCUCCACUACGCCGCAUGUGGUGGAUACGCUGAUGUUGUGCGCGUCCUGAUCAAGGCAGGGGCCAACGUGGAGGAGCAUAACGAGAACGGGCACACUCCUCUGAUGGAAGCUGCCAGUGCUGGCCACGUUGGCGUGGCCAAGAUUCUGCUCGAGUCUGGUGCUGGCAUCAACACACAUUCAAACGAAUUCAAGGAGAGCGCUCUCACGCUUGCUUGUUACAAAGGCCACCUCGAGAUGGUGAAGUUCUUGCUUGAAGCAGGCGCCGACCAGGAGCACAAGACUGACGAGAUGCACACGGCGUUGAUGGAGGCUUCGAUGGAUGGCCACGUGGAAGUAGCGAGGCUCCUGCUUGACAGUGGAGCACAGGUGAACAUGCCAGCAGAUAGCUUCGAGUCACCCCUGACUCUGGCAGCCUGUGGUGGCCACGUUGAACUUGCAAACCUGCUCAUCGAGCGUGGUGCCAACCUGGAAGAGGUGAACGACGAGGGCUACACGCCGCUGAUGGAAGCUGCCAGGGAAGGACAUGAGGAGAUGGUUGCCCUGCUCCUAGCCCAUGGUAUGUCGUCACAAGGAGCUGACAUCAACGCGCAGACAGAGGAAACCCAGGAGACAGCCCUUACCCUUGCGUGCUGCGGUGGCUUCCUUGAGGUCUCUGACUUUCUCAUCAAGGCUGGCGCUGACAUCGAGCUCGGCUGCAGUACUCCGCUCAUGGAGGCCGCCCAGGAAGGACACCUCGAUCUGGUUAGAUACUUGCUCAAGUCAGGAGCCAACGUGCAUGCCCAGACCGGAACUGGCGAUACUGCCCUGACGUAUGCUUGCGAGAACGGCCACACCGAAGUGGCGCGAGUGCUGCUGGAACACGGUGCCAACCUUGAGCACGAAUCGGAGGGUGGCAGGACACCGCUCAUGAAGGCUGCCAGAGCUGGUCAUCUCUGCACUGUGCAAUUCCUCAUCAGCAAGGGUGCUGGUGUGAACAGGACGACCUCCACCAACGAUCAUACUGUGCUAUCUCUUGCUUGUGCUGGCGGACACCUGCCCGUCGUGGAGCACUUGCUGCAGAACAAGGGCAACCCUGCCCACCGUCUCAAGGAUGGUUCCACCAUGCUGAUCGAGGCUGCCAAGGGUGGCCACACGGAUGUCGUCAACCUGCUCCUCGACUUCCCCGGUAGUGUGUUCGCUCCUUGCCCGAACAAUGAGCUGGCCUUCACUCCAGCGGAUAGUCACCUGAACGAGCUGCCGAGGGUACCGAUGCAGGGCCUAAACAACGUCGUCCCACCCCAGGAUCCAAACUGUAUUACGACAAGUUGUGCUAAUAUGUUCAUGCCAAACAUACCAACUUCUUUACCUCACAGUCCAGGGCAAGUGACGCUGAAAGACUUCAACCUCGCUGGGAAGACCACGGACCAGAUCCGUCAGAACAUGCAGAAGUCAUUCGCCCGAGCCAAAGCCAAACUAACAGAGGCGGACAGCCAAAGCAAGAUCAGCGUGCAAUCAGAGGGCGACACCUGUAGCAUCAGUAGUUCAUAUGAUUAUGAGAAAAACUACCAGGAUACGGGAUCGCCGUUGUCGUUUGAUUUAGAUGACCAGACCGAUAUGAAAGCGUCCGAGCGCUUGGAAGCAUUUAUAAACAAAAUGAUGAAAAAGGCGGAACUUCUCAAUACGACACGGGAGGAACAGAUACUGAAGAAGCAGCAGAUACUAGAAGAGCUCCAGAAGGUAGAAAGGGAACUGAAGGAGAAAGCUCAAGCUCAAUUCUUGCUGAGUGCCCAACAGCGCCCAGACCAGGUCCAGCCCUUCACACCCCAGUUGGACGAUUCGAUCGAGUCAGAGGACCUAUUGCUGGCGCAGCAGAUCCAAAAGCUGCAACUCAACCCCAUGUCUGCCAAAAACCACCAAUGGUCGUCACCGCAGGUUGAAGCGUUGCUUGCCGGCAUUCCCGAUGAACAAUUUGACGGGUGUUUGAAAGUUGUUGGUACUUGUGUUAGUCAGAGUACGAACAGUUCCACGGAUAGUGGAAUCACGGCCGACGUGGAGACGAAAAAUAAGAAAAAUUCCCUAGAUCAGGAUAUGGGUAGCCUCCCUGAUAUGCCCGAUGGGGAGAGUGAUACGGAUUUAGACCAGGAGGAGUUGGGGUUGCCGAGCAGGACCGAUGGCGAUGGUGGAGAAGCGACUAGUGAUGGGCUGGCGAUGACUCAGCAGGAUGAGGAGUAUCUACAGCAGGAUGAGGAGUAUCUGCAGCAGCAAGGGCUCAUGGUGGCCGCGCCGGCCAUGACGCUGCAUGAAACGCUAGGCGAUAUUGCCAAUAUGGGUGCUGGUCUGACCCAAACAACAGCAACAAUCGAGGCCAGUCAGAAAAAUUUAUUUGGCACCCUGCCACAGAUGGGUCCGGUGAGUAAUCCGCCUCUGCCAACCAUCAACUUGGUGAACACGGUCGGGGUCCAACAUCCGAGUCUUGGCCAGCAUCAUACUGCCUUCAGUACGCAGCAGAUCAACUUCACUGUGCCGCCACAGACCAACUUUACUAACCUCCAACCGGCCACGACAUUCAACUUUCAGGCACCAAAUCUCAACAUUCAACAAUUGAAUAUGGUCGGCUCGCAGCAGGUCGGGAACAUGAAUCUGCAGCAGACGCCCAUGAUAACAACCCAAUACACAAACACUGUGACAACCUCCCAGACAGGCGUCAACUCCCAGCACAACUACUUCACUGUGCAACAGCAACUAAAAACACAGCAGCAGGCGCAGCAGAUUCUUCAACAGCAACUGCAGCAGUUGAAGCUGCAGCAGGAACAGCAGCAGGUCGUGCAACAGCAACAGCGUCUGCAACAUCAACCGCAGUCACCGAUGACACACGAUGACAUGAUGACUGAUCUAGAAUUGGACGCUUUUCCGGCCCAGCGACCAAGUCAAACCACCUCCUCCCAGCCAAUGUUUCCAAAGAAGAAAAAGUCUAAACCGAAGCCGCAACUGCAAUGCGGAUUACAGCCAACACCGCCGACCAACCAUCUCGUCAGUGGCAUGGACCCGGGACUUGUGCCAGCCGCAUUAACCAUGGCGGCGACCACCCCGCCACAGAUCUCGCCGCCAGUGUUCCACCCCGCCAUUGAUCUGGAUGCGGAGACUGAGAGUAAUCAUGAUACGGCGUUGACGUUGGCUUGUGCCGGCGGCCAUGCUGAGCUUGUCCAGCUGCUGUUGUCAAGAGGGGCGGACAUUGAACAUCGUGACAAAAAAGGCUUUACACCGUUGAUCUUAGCUGCAACUGCCGGCCAUGCCGAUGUGGUAGAAAUCCUAUUAGAUCAUGGGGCGGACAUUGAGGCGCAGUCGGAACGGACCAAGGACACCCCGCUGUCUUUAGCAUGUUCUGGAGGCAGAAUUGAGGUUGUCGAGCUUUUGCUUGCAAGAGGUGCGAGCAAGGAGCACAGGAAUGUCUCCGAUUACACGCCACUGAGUCUAGCAGCGUCCGGGGGAUACGUCAAUAUCAUCAAACUGUUGUUGAGUCAUGGAGCAGAGAUCAACUCGAGGACUGGUAGCAAGCUUGGCAUCUCUCCCUUGAUGUUGGCUGCUAUGAACGGACACACCGCCGCUGUGAAACUCCUCCUUGACAUGGGAAGUGAUAUCAACGCCCAGAUCGAGACCAAUCGCAACACUGCCUUGACGCUUGCGUGUUUCCAGGGACGACACGAAGUCGUCAGCCUACUCGUCGAUAGGAAAGCAAACAUAGAACAUAGGGCGAAAACUGGUUUGACACCGUUGAUGGAGGCAGCCUCUGGUGGCUAUGUUGAGGUUGGCCGAGUGUUGCUGGACAAGGGAGCCGAUGUGAACGCACCUCCAGUCCCAUCGUCAAGAGACACCGCCCUCACCAUCGCUGCUGAUAAGGGUCAUUACCGGUUCGUUGAGCUCUUGUUGUCCAGGGGCGCAGCGGUCGACGUGAAGAACAAGAAGGGGAAUUCGCCUCUUUGGCUUGCAUGCAAUGGUGGUCACUUGGAUGUAGUCCAGCUCUUAGUCAGCACUGGUGCCGAUAUUGAUAGUCAAGACAAUCGCAAGGUCUCAUGUUUGAUGGCAGCCUUCAGGAAAGGUCAUGUCAAGGUCGUCAAGUGGAUGGUCAAACACGUGACGCAAUUCCCGUCGGACCAAGAAUGUCUGAGGUACAUUCAGACAGUCACUGAUAAGGAAUUAUUGAAAAAAUGUCGUCAGUGCAUGGACAUUAUUGUGAGUGCGAAAGACCGCCAAGCUGCCGAAGCGAAUAAGAACGCCACAAUCUUAUUGGAGGAGCUCGACCUUGAGAAGAGUCGCGAGGAGAGCAAGAAGGCGGCAUUGGCAAGGAAACGAGAAAAGAAGAAGAAGAAAAAGAAGGAGAAGCAGGAGAAGGAACGAGAGAAGGAACAUGAACAAAGCGGCAAUGAGAAGAACUCGUCUCCUGAGCCCGAGAAGGAUGACGACGAGCCUGAGAUCGUGGAAAUGGAAGAAACAUGUGAUAAAGUGAGGAUAGACACGAAGCGGAUAGAGAAUGAGCGAAUGAGGGAGAGCAGACUACCAAUGGAACCUCCCAGUGCUACCACUACAAGUACAAUAGGGACAAGCCUGGUGACGGAAUCACGUAUUAAGAACAUGAAGAAGUCCAGCAUGCUGAAGGAAGAAACGACUUGUGUAAAUAGUGUCGAGGUGGAACUCGCAAAGGCUAAAAGUCGAAGUAAAACGAGGAGGAGUCGUACAAAAGAUCAUAGUUCGCUAAAAGAAAAGGACAAACCGCCAGACGGCGUCAGAGUCUCGACGUCGAAUUCAUUAACAACAACUACGACCACGAUGUCAACGUCUAGCUCGAGUUCGACGAGUCUGUCGUCGUCGUCGAGCGGGAGUUUGCGAAAAAAGAAGCGUGAUAUCAUUAUGAGUACGAGUACAACAGGCAUUGGGGAUUUAGACGACUUCGGAACAUUACCUGCAACUAUUAAAUUAUCACCAAAAGAAGAACGUUUAGUUCUAAGUGCUACAGAAAAGAAAAAUAAAUUAAAUACGCUAGAUACUUUCGACAUGCACCCUCAGCCAGUGUCACCAGCCAAGGGCUCCAGUAGCUCCAAGAAAGCCUUGUCCAUGAUCUCUAGUCCUGUCCGGGGUCAGAAAAAGGAGGAGGGAUGGAAAGAAGUCAUUCGGAAAUCCAAAAAAGUAACAGUGCCAGCUGCUGCAAUUACCCGCGUGAUAGGUCGAAAUGGUUGCCAUAUAAACGCAAUUCGAGAAGUGACAGGGGCGCACAUAGAGGUGGAUAAACAAAAAGGUUCAGGGGAUAAAAUAGUAACCAUCAAGGGUUCGGCUGAUUCCACGAGACAAGCACAUAACCUUGUUGCAUCACUUAUAAAAGACCCAGACAUGGAGUUAACAGAGAUACUGCCCAAGACGAAAAACCGACCGCAGCCAGUUGGAGUGUCGUCGUCUUCAUCCUUGCAAGCGCAGGUUCCAAUAGGCGUGUUCAUGAUGCCAGUCACAACACCUCAAAAUGGACAAGUCCCAAGCUCUCAUAUGAAUAGUCUUAUAUCAAUUCAGUCAACUACGAUACAUUCUGUUGUGCAAUCCAGUACUGUUACGCAAAAAACGACCUUAGUCACGGCUGGUGGUACGCCUGUUAUAACGCAAGCUUGGAAGGCCACGUCAAGCAAAAGAAAAAUGAGUUCUAGUAGCAUAUCAACGAAUAUAAACCCUGUUCCAAGUUCUGCGACAAUGAUUGUUCCGGGAAGCAAAAGUCCAAGUACCGUUUCUAGGCAAUUAUUUCCUGAUAAAAAGGGUGUGCACAUCGUGACAACUACCACUGUCAAGUCUAUAGGAACAUUUACGUCGGCUUCCUCCUCAUCAAAAACUAGAAUGGUAAACCAUACGCCCCCUGCCGUUAGCUUGAAGUCUGAUGUGAACAAGUCGUUAAAUUUUACUGGAAAGCAGCACGCGAUGUCUGGGAAGGUAGACCACCAGCCACUACCUAUCAAGUCGACGCCUGGCCAAGCAAUGCACGGAGUUCCACCGACCAUGUCCUCAUCUGGUGCAAAUACACCAGGGGAGUAUUCACCAUUUAACAGCAACCUGUUCAGUCAUGUCAAGGACGAAGUUCUUGGGAAGAAGGGUGAUUAUCAGGGAGAAAAUCGGAUGAAUUUUGCCAGCGUGGCUGCGGCAGGAGUUGUACCACCUACAGGUAGCACACCGCCACCGCCACCCGAGACGGAUCCCAACUUACAAGCCAAGGCACCUGGUUUUGGAAUGCCGCGACCAAGUUCGCCGUCAAGCCAGCGGAAUGAGGCAGAUCUAGCAAAGGCACCGGGAUAUAAAGGUCCCAUGCAUGGUCCUCCGGCGGUGACGACAGCUUUCACCAGUCCUUCGGUUUUGACGAACUUGACCAGUACGAUAUCGUCGCAGGGUAGUAUACCUUCUGCUACCCUUCUACAGACCGCUGUCAACAGUAUGGCCCACUACUCUGUCCCACCAAUAUCAAGUAUGCGGUCGUCCGCGAUGGAUGUGGAUUUUGCUAAGAUGGCUGGUUUAAGGAGCGGCAUGCAGAGUAGUCAAUCGCUGUCACCGAGAUCAGGUUCCUCGACGCCAGGAGCUCCGUCACCUCGGACCUUCGGGAGCAUGGGGAUGGGAAUGGGGCUGCCAAUGGGAAUUGGCAUGGGCAUGGGCAUGGGCAUGGAAUAUCCACCCUCGUCGCUGACCCCAGGGUCCCUGAGAGAUGAGUACAGUACGCCUCAUCAGCCGAUGACACUGCCCAAGAUCUCCUCAACCUUGAAUCCCAAUGCGCCAGAUUUUGCCCCGGACUUCACCAUGCGGUUCUUCAAGCCUGGAAUGCCAGCGUUCAUGCAGGGAGCAGGGCCGGGACCGAUGCAUCAAGCUGGAUUCGGCGGUACCCCACCAGGCGCGCCACCACAAGGUACGUUCCCGCAUAACUUUGGACCCGACUUCAAUCCAGCUGCCAUGAUGAGCGGGUUCAGCCAAAGUGGAAGCUUCCCUCAAGCUCCGGGGCCAUCGUCCAGACCGAGCCAAUUCUCGCCUCUACCUCCAGGGAAUAGGUCAGCAUGUACCACCCCGUCGGUUGGAACAUCCUCAAGAGACGGUAAUUCUCCGAAUCCCCAGCAGUCCGCCGAGACGUCACCUUUACCGAGUUCCUCGCCAUCUCCCACUGACCAUUUAAAGGGCGAUGACCGGAACCGAUCGCUACGACCAAUAGGGGGAGAACGUGCUCUGAAAAAGCCGACGGGACCCGCAGGGUUGUUCAAAGGUGGAAGAGCAGACAGCGAGAUAUGGAUGUCAAAUAUGGGAGACAUCAACACGGAUUGGAUGACUACUGCAUCGGUCGGUGCACCUAGCCCUGACGAAGACAGCCCUGGCAGUCAGUCGGGAAAUCCGCCGUCUUUUAUGGAAACCGGAUCAUCCGAGCUGUCAGCCGAACAGUCUUUACAAAAUCAACCUGGCAUGAUGAUGCAGGGUGGUCAAACAGGCUUUAACAACUUCGCCAAUGGAGUGCCGCCGAAUCCAAUGUCGAAUAUGUUCCCGAACACGAGUGGCGCUGGAGACGGGCAAGUUUGGAAUCCACAGGUUUGGAAUACUAGUAACUGGAACCAGCAACCGCCGGCCAUGUAGGAUGACCGCAUCUUCUCUCCUUCUCUUGUGAAAACAUUCAGAUCUUCUUCAAUGUUCAAACUGGAUUGCGCUAGAAAACCGUAACAUUAGUAGAAUAUCUAGUUUUAUGUAUAAUAUUUCAAAAUGAUAAACUAUUUGAAGUUCGGAUUAUGACCACUUCUUUAUGUAUUUAAAACCCUUUAAGAAUACUGGAGGAGACAUUAAUUUAUCUAUGUGACUUUCUGAUUUAACCCCAUCAAGAAUGGCAGGUAUACAAUUUCAACAAGACAAUUUUCUUCUGGCAAAUACAGAAAACGUUGCGUUGAUCGCCUUGCAUAAACUAGGUAUUGUCAUGCGCCGGACGGAUUUCCAAGUCCUAGUCCUGUAUAUGAACUUCCCAGUUUAUGUGUAAAACCAAGAAUAAAUAAAGACAAGUCUUUGUUAAUUCUUCCUAUAACCGACAAUGUGAAGUUUACAGUAGGCCAAAUUGAGUAGUUAUUGCACAUGCUUUAUUGAAUUACUUUUUGGGGGUCAUAAUUCUCUGCUGCCUUCAGAUGAUCAACGAGGAACUUAAUACACCUGGGUACACACUACUUGGCUGAUUUUUGAAAACUUGUUCAGAAGGCUUUCAUUAAAUCAUGGUACAUGUAAAUUCUCAUACAAAUUCAUAUUUGGAACAAUUUGUCACAAGAUCUGUUAUUCAUUUGUGGACUUUUGAUAAAUCCCUAUAGAUGGCGCGGUGAGCUGUGUACCUUUUCAACGCCCAUAAGAACGUGGUUAGAAGGACGCCAACAGCUGUUGGAAAUUUCAUAUGUCAUACUCGAUAUCAAAGCUGACCCUUUGCACCCUGAAAAGGUACAUGAAUGACUGCGCCCCCUACGAGAUUUGUUCUGCACCAUUGGUUGACCUGAAAGCUCGCUGUCGUGUGGGGGUAGUGUUCAUCAUUGUCCACGGCUUGGCUAGACGUCAAAACUCGCAUGACAGGGUUUUGCUGUUGUGUCAUUAAAAAUUAAAGACAGUGACCAUAGUAAAGGGACUAGGCAGGAACUACAGGGUCAAAUGUGUGGUCUUCACGUGAAAAAUGUGCAUGGUCAGGGGACCUGUUGUGAUUGAAUCAGUGAUAAAUAUACUCCACCUGCAAGUGUAUUAGUUUCAGUGUGCUGUGAGGUAGGAAAGGCCCCUAUUGGCAAUUUUGUGUGAUUUGAUCUGACCCACGUGGCUCCCUGCCUAUAGUCUUCCUUUGAAUUAGGUUAUGACAGCGUUCAGGAAUCGGUGUUUGAUUGUUUAACAAGAAAAAAAUUGCUGAAUCUUGAAUGUGUUUUCCUGAAUAGGAAGCAAGUGUCGAAAUCCUUCUUGAAUGAAUUGUAUACUUGCAAUUCUGCCUGUGUUUUUAAAGGGUUAUGUAUGAUGUCAAAAGUGAUGAUGAAACCGAACAUGAUUUUGAUGACUGGUGAUAGAUUUUACUGAAGUACGCGUUUGGAAGUUUUAAUUUCUGACAUGGCUGAUCAGUCGAUGGUCUAUUUGGAUGUGAAAUCCAGAUGAACAACUAGCACUGUGUUUCUCUUAUUUCAGUCGUGGAUUCUUUGCUUAUAUGUUACCACGAGACUUGUGGUGAUGUAUGGUAUAUACUGCAAAUACGUAAAUAAACAUUUGCCCAAGUGAUUACCAUGAAAAA